AGAAAUGUUGGCAUCUCUCCUGCCUUCAUCUCCAUAUUCCAGGUUCUUCUCCUCCUCCUUUGGAAGAACAUCUCUCUCCACAACUUCUCUCCCUUGUUUUUCCCGUUUCUCCAUACGAGCAAUGGCUGAUUCUGCCUUCAAGAAGAUUCAGAUCCAAAGAGAUGGCACCACAUUCGAUGCCUAUGUGGUCGGUAAAGAUGAAGCUCCUGGGAUUGUCGUAGUUCAAGAAUGGUGGGGUGUUGACUUUGAGAUCAAGAACCAUGCUGUUAAAAUCUCACAACUAGAGCCGGGUUUCAAGGCCCUUAUACCUGACUUGUACCGAGGAAAGGUUGGCCUCGACGCUGCAGAGGCACAGCAUCUCAUGGAUGGCCUGGACUGGCAAGGUGCUGUCAAAGACAUACGUGCUUCUGUCAAUUGGCUGAAGGCCAAUGGUUCGAAGAAGGUUGGUGUGACUGGAAUGUGCAUGGGAGGUGCACUGGCUAUUGCUAGCUCUGUUUUGGUUCCAGAGGUUGAUGCUGUUGUGAGCUUCUAUGGAACUCCUUCCUCGGAGCUCGCGGAUGCAGCACAAGCCAAGGCACCUGUUCAAGCCCAUUUCGGGGAGCUUGACAAUUUCGUCGGUUUCUCUGAUGUCACGGCAGCGAAGGCGUUGGAAGAGAAGCUGAAGGCGUCGGGAGUGGGGUACGAGGUUCACAUCUACCCGGGAAACGGGCACGCCUUCUUGAACAGGAGCCCCGAGGGCGUGGAGAGGAGGAGAAGCAUGGGACUUUCGGACGAAGACGAGGCCGCAGUGGAACUGGCCUGGUCUCGCUUCAACUCAUGGAUGAAACGUUACUUGUCUUAAAAUCUUCUCUUUAGACACACUAUCUCAGAGUGUCUUGCAAGUUCUGAAACUUCUUAUAGCUCAGUGUUUUGUCUAAAUACUCUUUUGUAGUGUUGACCUUGUCUCUCUUAACUGACGAAUAAUAUAUUGCACUGAAGCUAAUUCUGUCGUGUGACGUCA